UGCAGUUCAACAUGUUCGAGUCGCUCAUAGCAUGGAAGAAGUCCAUCAAAUUAUAUCUACGUAUGAGAAGGAAAAUUCUAGCAAGUUUGUUGUUUGGCACGAGCCGAAAAGUUUCGGAAAGACAGCUAUAGGCCCAAGCCUAGAUAAAGUUCGAGGAGAGAAACAUAGAGUAUUUUGGGAUAACCACAUUCCUUACAUGGUUUUGUCAAAACCGAUGGUAUACGACUGCCACCAUGGCAAGGACAGGAAGGUUGCCUUUAAAAAGAAAUAUAAAGAAAGAAAAAAGGAUGGCCCUGACCACGUAUGGCAAAGGCACAACUUAAUGAUUCAAAAGACCAAAAAAUUAGGAUGCCCAGCAAGAAUUACAGUCAAUGAAAUCAUGAAAUUCCCACAGUUCAAGGUUGAGAAAGACACUGAAUCUUACAGGAAUAAAUCCUCAAAGGCAAUUAAAAAAGCCCUGCCAACAUUGUGCAUAGAAAACGUCAGAAAAGAACUGCAUGUGCACCUACCGGAUAUGAGUGAUCACAGGAAUCAUCCUGUUGGAGAGGGAAGUGGUGUUUCACUGAUGAUGGACAAGCGUGUGCUAAACUACCUCCGCGACAUGGUUAGAGAAGGAGUCAGUACGGUGUUAGAGAUGAAGCGGCACUUAUGUUGGUUCGUCAAGAAUAUGUUUGCUGGACGAGAGCUACCACCACGUACCAAUCGUGCCUUUUUCCCAACCAAGGCAGACAUACGCGCUCAUAUGUGCCGUGCCAAGCAAAAAAUGAAGUUUUCCACAGUUGACCAGGAAAACCUGACGAAAAUCAUAGAGAGAUGGGAGCAGGAGCCAGGACAUAACAUUUUCUAUCGGCCAUCAUUAGAAGAUGAUGAUGAUGAUCUCCUGUUCAUCUACCAGACAGACAGUCAGAGAAGGCUCCUUGAACUAUAUGGGAAUGAACUGGCAUUUCUCGAUGCUACUUACAAAACGACACGCUACUCUCUACCGCUCUUCUUUGUUGUCGUAAAAACUAACAUAGAUUACCAAGUAGUUGCCACUUUCAUUACUGAAUCUGAAAGGGAAGAUGCCAUUCGUGAAGCUCUGAAGAUAUUAGCUGAGUGGAAUCCAGACUGGAAGCCGGCUCAUUUUAUGUCCGACUUCUGUGAGGCAGAAAUUCACAGUAUCGAAGACGUUUUUGACGAUUGCAAGGUGUACCUUUGCGACUUUCAUCGGGAACAAGCUUGGGAUAGGUGGCUCAGGAAAACAGAUCAUAAUGCCUUUAAUGACCGAGAGGAGGUUUUAUGCAGACUCAGACGUAUUGCCAGAGCACAAUCUGAGUCCGAGUACAAAAAUGCAGUGGACGAUCUGAAGGCUAGUCCAGUGUGGGAAAACAGUAAACUGUGUAAAUGGAUAGAAAACACUUGGCUACCUGAGUAUAAAAGAUGGGUAUGGGCGUAUCGAGGUGACCGUCUUCUUGUAAGCAUCAAUACCAAUAAUGGCAUUGAACGGCAGAAUGGCGUGUUUAAACACGAGUACCUGCAAAAGCAUGGUAGGCGUACACUCAGUGGAAUGGUGGAAAUCUUGGUAACUGAAUUUCUACCUGACCAGUACCAACGAUAUGUUUAUGCAAACAGGAGAGCAUCAUCUACAUACAGAAAGUACAAUGAUAAUGUUCCGGUAUACCUGCGAAAUCGUCCUGCCUUCCUUAUCAGGCAUUGCUUGGAAAGGUUACAGCUUGCUGAACAGAUUCCAAGUGACCAUGUUAUCCGAAGGGAAACCGACGACAGCUUUAUUGUGAAAAGCCAGACAGAUGCAAAGAUCGAAUACAUGGUGGACAUUAGCAAACCAUCCUGUCACUGCUAUGGAUGGCAACACUCUAGAUUGCCAUGCAAACACAUCUUUGCUGUUUUUGCAAACACCGAUCAUACCUGGAACAGUUUACCAGAAUAUUACAAAUGUUCUGCAUUUUUCGUACUUGAUAAAGUUGUCACUCUGUCUGCAACAGAGGAAAAUGCAGACUGUCAGGGAGCCAGUAGCAGUAAUGAUGAUGGUAUUAAUACCAUUCAGUGUGAUGAUGAUAUUACAGAUGGAAUCGAAUCUACUACUAACGUUACAGAAUAUAGGCAGCUACCCACAAAAAGCCAUACUCCACGUGCUCGAGGACCCAAGUGCAGGGAGCUGCUGAAGUCAAUAAACAAUCUAACAUACGUACUAGAUGACAGUAUGCUCAAGGAUGUAGAAGUUGGCCUCCACCAGAUGUACCUGAAAUUAAAACAAUCUGCUCACAAAAGCAGCGGGUUUAUAGUCGAGGAAAAGUUACCGUCGAAAAGAAAAUCUGAGAUGUUGACAGAAUCUCAGCCAACUACAAAAACGCUCAGAUAUUCAAAACUAAAAAUGCCAAAAAAACGACACCCGGCAACUGGGCGAUUUGGCACUUCUGCUGAAAUGAUGAAAAAGAACUAUUUAGUAAAUGUGAAUGUUCAGCUGAAUGACAGAGCACCAAGUGUUUAGGAGGCCGCUUUAGACAAGUUGAACGUCUUGGCAGCACGGCAGUAACGCAGUCGUCCGCUAUUCCUGCCGUCUUGUCCGCUGUGCUAUUGGGAGCACAAGUCUGAUGAAUAGGCAGAGUCGCAUCUGUAGAACUAUCAUCUACGUUUCCAAUCAGCACCUCCGGUACAUGUGGAGGAUCUGGUGAUGGUGGAACUGCACACGAGCUGAGCCUGCUUUCAUCAUCUGUGAUGUCCGAACGGUUAAGGUACCAGCUGCACUCUGACAGCUUUACUUGGUACGACGAUCUGCGAAGCUGAGACCCUGUGAAUUUUUAAACGUUGCACCAUUGUCCUUCAACAGAUACAACUAGAUAGCGAUCUCGUGCACGUGACUUACUAUGGUCGUUAUAUAGGUACAUCAGAUCUCCUACGUUCAUUACGUAAUUUUCAAAUGCCUGGACGCAAUGCUUGCUAUCUGUGGGGACACACGUUCUAUGACGAGACUGAGUGACAUACGUUGAAUGUGUGUUGAAAAGUGGCGAUUGAUUAACUUGAACUCGACGGACUGGCGUAUAAUAUAACCAUCGUUUAGUAUAUUGCAAACAUAUUUAUCAAUCCUGUGUAGUUAAAUAUACAUGUAUUAAGGUGUUUAUUAAUAUUGUAUUUUAUAAUGGUUCUGUACGCAUUGAUAACUUGUGUGUAUGUCACGUGUAUGGAAAAGUUACAACUGUCACUAGUGUACAAAAUGUCUCUUGAUGAAAAAUUUAUUUGGGUUGAUCAUAUUAACCAAAUUUGUAAAUCAGUCAGUAAACAUGUUGUCUGUAAGAAAAAAUGUCAGAUCAGAAAAUUGUUGUAUCCAUGCAAUACAUAAACAGACAUAUUUAUUAAUUAAAACUUAAUGAUACAAAGUAAUAUUGAGGGAGGACGUGCCUCCCAUCAAAAUUCACAUGGUCACAUUAGCAUGCUCAAAUACACUAGCUUUACAUUUGCUACUAUGGAAGUAAAAUGUCUAGCAGUUGUUUUAUCUAACUGAAAUAUAAGACACGGUGCGUACGAGUUUA